AUGAGAGCAAAAGUAUCUUUCAUUGAGUACAUGAUGUAUGAGGAGCAGGAUCAAGCUGAUUUCGAUUAUAUAAAGUGGUGCAUCAUCUUUCGGGUGCUGUUAGAUUUUCGAGUCAAACUGAUGCGUAAAAGGAACCGCUACUGCAUGCUUAAACGCUGUUUUAAGCACACGGCGCAAACAGAGUUGUCUGUUCAUGGACUGAUUCGAAAGGCCGCAUUGCCACUGUUGCUUACAAUGAUUGCAUCGCGUCAUUUCGCCGAGGUAAUGCCGCGAGUUCGAGAGACGUUGCAGCGGGGCUACCGUAGCUUAGCGCUUGUGAUUUAG